UAGAUUGUAGAUACAUUCAGUCCGAAUUUUAUCAUCGUACUGAAAAUACUUCCUUCAGUCAUCAUCCCCGUCGCGGUUGGUGUCGUUACUUGGAACGUUGAAGGAAGAACGGUUCAACGCUGUAUUCACUAAGUGAAGUGCUGGCAGGCGAAUAAUAUGUAACACAAAAUUCUGCAGUAAAAUUUUUGAAGAAUUUCGUUCUCCGCGUUGUAUUCCUUGGGUUCAUACAUGGCAAAACACCAUAGUUCCAGCACGGUAGAUACAGACGAAUGCUGUCUGCGACAGCACUUUCGGGGGUGUUAAAAAUACUUUUCCGUUCGAGACCAAAAUGUAUUCGUUAUCCUUUGCAGCCAUCGACAAAGGCUUCGUCACCAUGUUUUUGCAAUGAAUUCGAUUUAAAUCGAUUUUUACCCGAAAAGAAAACGCGGAAAGGAAUCAGUCGUUUAGCUUGAAUACAUACGUACUCAUGGGGAGUCCUGUGCGCGAUUAGUUCCAGUGUCGUUCGGCUGAGACUUGUAAGGAUCCUUUUAACGUAAAUGAAAGCCAUAAAAUCGAAUUGAGUUACUUAUUCCGUUCCCCCUUGCUCGUGAAACGGGGUUAAAGGAUACAUAAAAACCUUGCACCCUUAGUACAUACUUACAUAUGUAUGUAAAUGCAAAUGAAAGCCACUUUGGUCUAGUGAAUAUUUUCAGUGUGUGAUGCAAAGGUGUGAGCCCAGCGCUGGCAUCAGCAGAGAGAGUAGUGUUGAUAGUAAAAACGGGGAAUCACCCUUCAAUUAAUAGACACUUUGAAAAUGAAACAAACAACAUUAAUUGCAAGGAUGCAGGCGUAUGCGUAAGGUCCCAGCAUAGCGCGGUCGUGAAUAGAAUGCAAAUGUGAAAAAUCCUGUGCAAUAACAAUGUGUAAUCAGCAAUCGCUUUGUUCGAGCAUGCAAAAGGAUACAGCCAAUGUGUUAACAAUUCAUAUAUAACGAUCAUUUGCAUAUAUGUGUAAUCAUUUGAGAAUAGUGACAUACAAAAUCUAACAUAAAUACUAAAGAAUAAAUCUUCAUAAUAAAUGUUAAAAAUGUCAUCAAUAUCGGCCCAGGGUGUGGUCGAACGUGCCUCCGCAGAAUUAUCGAAACGGAUCAAUGGAUUGGGAUUGCGAUCAAAGCACCAUCACGGCAAGACGUCGGUUAUGGAGCGAGUAACGAACGCACUAUGCGGCGGAAGCAGUAGUAACCACAACAGUAAUUCCGGCAAUUCAAUAACGAAUUGUCCCGAGAAACCCUCCCGGGUUCCAGUUCCCACAAGUAGUGCGAGUGGCAGUGGUGCAGGUGCUAACAGUCCGAUAGGAACUACAAGUAACCAAUGUAGCAUGUCUAGUGGAAAUAGCAGCAUUAGCACGUCGAGUAGUAAACAAUUGUCUUCGAGUAAUCAAUCAGGAGCGAGUGGCGGCAGCACCAGCAAGAGCCAGGCCGGCACCCCACAACAAAUGCGGAAACAUCAUCAAGGACAUCAUCAUCACACGUCCACCCACUCGUACCAAGCCUUAGGAACCAAUCCGAUGAUGUCGGCAUCGCAUGCACCCCCUCAACCACAACUACCCCCCGUUCUUACUCUCGACCAACUUUUCCAGGACGAACGAUUCCUUAGCAAAUUCUUUUUGUAUUUUAACUCGUAUGACCGACGUGUGCUCGCACAGGUGUGUACGAGGUGGCGUGAUAUCCUGUAUCGGAGUCCGCGGUACUGGUCCGGACUUUUGCCAACUUUGCAAUGCAGGGAACUUCGGCAGGUCCCUAGCCAGGAUCGCGUGAAACUUUACAAUUCAUUAGUACGUCGCGGGUUUCAUGCGUUGUGUUUGAUUGGUGCGCAGGAUGAGGAUGCUUUGGAUAUUGUACAUUCGUUCCCGUUAGCUUCAAAGCAUAUACACUCGUUAAGCUUGCGAUGUUCGUCAAUAAGCGAUAGAGGACUGGAAGCGCUAUUGGAUCAUUUGCAGUCUCUCUUCGAAUUAGAAUUGGCUGGGUGUAAUGAAGUUACGGAGGCUGGCCUCUGGGCAUGUCUUACACCGCGAAUAGUAUCAUUAUCUCUUGCCGACUGUAUAAAUAUCGCUGAUGAAGCCGUAGGAGCUGUUGCACAAUUACUUCCAUCAUUAUACGAAUUUUCAUUGCAGGCCUAUCAUGUUACGGAUGCCGCCUUAGGAUAUUUUUCACCUAAACAAAGUCAUAGCCUCAGUAUACUGCGGCUCCAAUCCUGCUGGGAGCUUACAAAUCACGGAAUCGUAAAUAUUGUACAUUCACUUCCACAUUUAACCGUAUUAAGCUUAUCGGGUUGCAGUAAGGUGACCGACGACGGCGUUGAAUUGAUAGCUGAAAAUUUACAAAAGCUACGCGCAUUAGAUUUAUCAUGGUGUCCACGUAUUACUGAUGCUUCGCUAGAAUAUAUUGCCUGUGAUUUAAAUCAAUUGGAGGAGUUAACUCUGGAUCGAUGCGUCCACAUAACCGACAUUGGUGUCGGGUAUAUUUCAACAAUGCUCUCAUUAACCGCCCUAUUCCUGCGUUGGUGUUCACAAGUUCGGGAUUUCGGUCUACAGCAUCUGUGCUCAAUGCGUAACCUUCAAGUUCUAUCAUUAGCCGGUUGCCCACUGCUGACCUCGUCUGGUCUGUCCAGUUUAAUUCAAUUACGACACCUACAAGAGUUAGAACUAACAAAUUGCCCAGGAGCUAGUCAAGAACUAUUCGAGUAUUUACAUGAACACUUGCCGAGAUGUUUGAUUAUCGAAUAAUACUUAGUAACGUUAAUGACUACUGCAAUUUUAUAGAUUUUUUGGGAUUACUUUACCUGAGCAGCGGGUUUUUAUCGUUAUACUCUAUAGAAUUUAAUAAAGAGCUGUUUGAACAAAACAUUCAGAAAACAAACAAAAAAUGCUUUAGUGGCAGCGGAUAGAUAACAUAAGAAAAUAUUGAAGGGACAGCGAUGGCGGGCGUUAAGCUACAACAUAAUAUCGCUUUCUGAUAGACUCUAAAUGCUAUACUUGUAAGUACUACACCAUCAGUUAUUUUGACGUAGAGACAUUUUCUAUUUUUUCAGUUUCGAUAUGUUCGUUUUUUAUGGUCAAUGUAAAAGGCACCGAUUUUAGGAUAAAAACAGUAUUAAUGUAACCUUCUAUGAAGAAUUUUUCUGUUAAAUUACGUUUAGUAAUCGUUUAGAAAUAUUUUUGAAAUUUCAAGUGCGGCUUUAUACUUGGAUUAUGUAUGGACUGUUCAAAUUUAAAUCAAAUUACCGAAAAAAUAGGAUUUUUGCAAUAAUUUAGAUGAUUAUUUCCGAAUAUUAAAUCAGAAAAAAUUAGUUGUAAACAAAUUUAAAAAAAUGUUUCAUGAUAUUGAAAAGUCUUUCAAAUCAAAAUCUUCAUUCAUACAAUAUAUUUUUAAGAAGAACUCGAAUACCUAACUACACAUAUAUUGUAUGAAGAUAUAUGACUAAAAUAAGAUAGCUACCGGGGAAAGAAAGAAAUAUUAACUAAAAGACAAGCAAAAUUAAAUAAAAAUUAAAUUUUACUGUGACUUCUUAUAAGGAUAUAUUUGAAACAAAAAAAAACUUAUAAGGAUCUAUUUGAAAAAAAAAUCUAAAA